AUGAAUGUCAACACCUCUUCUGCAUACACAUCGACUGCGUUACUGAAACCCAAAAUCGAUCGCUUCGCCAGAUCCAGAGACCACCCAAUUCUCGUCUACUCGUCUACUUCAAGUCUCGUCAACCACCACACAGAUGAUCUAUGCUACGAGGAAACCGGGCACUUUCACAACCAUGCCACCUCACCCAUCGAUGGCUUCGGGCGAUUUCAUUUCGAAGAUGCCUCGUAUUCUGCAACGGCUUUACCGUUGCCAAACAUCGAGACCAGUCAAGCGCCGAUGAAAGAACGGCUGGUCGCGGCUUCUUUUCCACAAAAACUAAAGGCCGGAUGGUGUAUAUCUGGAAAUGCUUUCGCUUUGGUGGUGUUCGUCAUCAUCACUCAAAUGGCAUUCGGAAUUUUGCAGUGCGUCAAAUAUAGCGCGGACAAGACGGACCAAGCAGCAUUUGGCAGGGGCGUCGUUCUCGCAAAAGGUUGA